AUGUCUGCUGUUAAUAGCCCAAUACCUUCUGAGGAUGGUGAAAAUGAUUUAAUGGAAGACACUGUAGAUCUGAGUGAUUUAGAACUCUCAAGACCAGUCUCAACAGCUUCUAAUAACAGUACAAUAUCUGGAGCAACACCUACUGCGGCUCCGAGAUCGACUCCAAAGAGAAAGAAAGUGCAGCCUGAAAAUACACAACCCAGUACAGUUGCUGACGUCAUCGACAAAUAUUUACAAAGUACUACAGCUACUAAUUCAGGAGGCAAUAGUUUGAAACAAUUUUUCCUUGCAAUGUCUGAGACGGCUCAAUCAUUUCCACCUGAAGUUCAAAUUGAUGUUAAGGGGAAGAUUUUUAACAUCAUACAAGAAGCAGAGUUAAAAUGCUUACAACCUAGAAACACCGCGCAGUUUGACAAUGCUCAUUCAACUGAAAUUCACUGCAAUCAAACUGUAUAUCCACAACUACAAUACACUCAACAUUCGCAAGACAUACAACAUUCUUACCCAAAGCACAUGCAAUCUUUGGGAACACAACCUAACAUGCCGCAUUCAAACUUACAGCACAUACAACGUUUCCAAAACACACUACCACCAUCACAUCCACAAAGCACGCUAGCUUCGCAACCACAUCAAUAUUCGCAAGACAGUCAACUUUCAUACACACAGCACAUGCCACCUUUGGGAACACAACCUAAUAUAACAUAUUUAAAUCUACAGCACACACAACAUUCCAACACAGCACAACAUUCCAACACAGCACAACAUUCACAUCAGCAAAACAGGCAAGCUUCGCAAGCACAAAUUCAAAACAUUCAAUCUUUUCCUCUUCAAGACGUGCAGCCAACAUAUUCACCAAGAUCGACAUCUGUUGUAGGUUCUCCAGAAUUAAAAAGUGACAACGAACAUUAA